AUGUUAGCAUUGGCGAGCACACUAUAUCCAUGUUUACUGAUUACCUACAUUUUCUAUAUGCGCUUUAUGCAUCCUCUAUCCAGUUUCCCCGGCCCCCUCCUCCCAUCUUUGACCAGUGCUUGGAAGGCAUACUACGUCUAUAAGCUGACGCUCCACGAGCGACUGGUUGAGCUGCACGAGCAAUACGGCUCGGUGGUGCGUGUUGGCCCCAACCACCUUCAUUUCUGGGAUGGAGAGGCGAUCGCCCCCAUCUACAAAGGGGGAAGAAAGAUGGGCAAAACGGAGUUCUAUGAUGCCUUUACAGCGUUUAAACCGAAUCUCUUCGGGGGUAGAGACGAGGAUAUCCAUUCCCUCCGUCGAAGACAGUUAUCCCACGGAUUUUCGCAAACCUCAAUCCAGAAUUUCGAGCAUCUCAUCGAUGGCCAGAUGAGCGUUCUAAAGGAUAAACUUAGCGAAUUGGCAGAGACUGGCGAGAUGUUCGAUCUCAAGAACAUAAUAUCCUACUACGUGUUGGACAUAUUAGGAGAGGUCGCAUUCGGUCAUCCAUUUGACGCCCAAACCCGAUGUGGCUCUCCCCAUAUUCCAGCCAUUGAGGAUCAUUUGCUUCUGUCCGGUGUCAUUGGGGAGCUUCCGUUCCAGUGGCUGAACAAACUCCUCGCGCAAUACUCCCCAAUCCCUUGGAUGCGAAGGUUGGUGAAAAGUCGUAAUGCAUUGAAGCUCACCUGUGCCGAGUGUGUUGGAGAGAAAAUAUCGCAAUCGCAUGCGCGUGCCGAUUUGCUCCAGAGUCUGGUGCACGCAAAAGACCCAGCAACAGGAGCCAGACUGACCGAAGAGGAGAUCAACUCGGAGGCAUUUGCGAUGCUUGUGGCCGGAUCGCAUUCUACAGCCGGCACCCUGACUUUGGUUUUCUGGCACUUGGUCCACAAUUCCGAUGUUCUUGAUCAAGUGCAGCAAGAGCUCUCAUCCGUACUCGAACCACUGCAACAAAAUCAGAUUGCCUAUCCCAUACGCGGACUCGAGGCUUCACUGCCAUUUACGAUGGCAUGUAUUCGAGAGAACUUCCGCAUCAAUCCCGUGUUUACAAUGCCACUAUGGCGCCAAGUCCAUUCUCCCGACGGAACCGACAUUGCUAAUAUCCAUGUUCCACAUGGGACCAACGUUGCGAUAUCCAACUAUGUGCUCCACCAUAACCCCGAUAUCUGGGGAACUGAUCACGAUACCUUCAACCCGAACCGCUGGCUGGGAGGGAAGGAAGGUAUAUCAAGAUAUCUCAUCCCCUUCAGUAUCGGUCAUCGGAUGUGUAUUGGACGCAAUCUGGCAAUGACUAAUAUCACCAAGACCGUUACUACGUUACUUAACGAGUUCGAGUUCCAUCCGGAAUCCAAGGAGAAGGACGUUUGUGUGCGGAGCUCGGGAAUUGGGGAGAUGGAGGGGCCGUUUUUAUGUAGGGUGUCGAUGAGGGCUUAG